GUUGGUUUAGUGGCUUUCUUUCUGCGCAGCUGAUUGCGGUUCUGCGCAUCUAUCGACGACGAACUCUUUCAGGCCCACGGAUGCUUUCCGUCAGGCAUGAGACCCACGGUUUCGGCGUUUUUUGGCAAGGUUAAGAUAACGCCAGUUGAUCUGAGAGCUGAGAGGGAGCAAGGUGAUGUGGUCUCUACCUCUCUGAUGCCAGAAUGAGAACUUACACCCGUGGGGCACCAACUGUGUUCUUUAUAAGUGCACUGUGGAUUCUAGUGUCCCCGGCUCUGGCUAAAGUGGACCCCAGCGGAGGCAUUCCGUUCCUUGGAGGGAACUACGAGGGAACUCACCCCAUGCUGUACUUUGGCCAGGCAGAAGUUGAGGAGCUGCAGCGGGCAGCGGUGGGGACACACAAGGCUCUGGCCCGACAGAUCCGGGAGGCCGGGGAGGACAUACUGGAGCGACCGGAGGAGUAUCUGCCCCCCUGGAACCCUACUGAGUUUAGUGCCCGCUGGAAUGAAGUCUAUGGGAACAACUUGGGCCUGCUCUCUAUGUUCUGCCUGCUGUACCCACACCGAGCAGGUGCACUGGACAUAGCCAAGGAAUACAUGGAGCGCAUGGCUGCACAGCCAAACUGGAUGGUGAAAGAUGCUCCGUGGGAUGAGGUUCCCAUUGCUCACUCUCUGGUGGGCUUUGCUACAGCUUAUGACUUCCUGCACGAGUACCUCAGUAAAGUUCAGCAGGAGCGCUUCCUGCAGGUGAUUGGGAAUGCUUCACGAUACAUGUAUGAGAAAUCUUACCACCGCGGCUGGGGAUUCCAGUACCUCCACAACCAUCAACCCACAAACUGUGUUGCUCUUCUGACCGGCAGCCUCGUGGUCAUGAACCAGGGAUACCUCCAGGAAGCGUACCUCUGGACUAAACAGGCUCUGGCCAUCAUGGAAAAGUCCAUGGUGCUUCUCCAAGAUGUGACUGAUGGGUCUCUGUACGAGGGUGUAGCGUAUGGAACUUACACCACUCGUUCACUCUUUCAGUACAUGUUUUUGGUACAGAGACACUUUGAUAUCGGCCACUUCAAUCACCCCUGGCUGCACAAACACUUUGCAUUUCUCUACAGGACCGUGUUGCCUGGUUUUCAGAGAACAGUUGCUAUCGCAGAUUCCAACUAUAACUGGUUCUAUGGGCCAGAGAGUCAGCUGGUGUUUUUGGAUCGGUAUGUGAUGCGGAACGGCAGCGGGAACUGGCUGGCUGAGGUAAUCAGACAGAAUCGGGUAGUGGAGGGCCCAGGACAGGCUGGCAGGGGUCAGCGCUGGUGCACGCUGCACACGGAGUUCCUCUGGUAUGAUGCCAGUCUGCAGCCCACCCCUCCUCCUGAUUAUGGUGCGUCGCACCUCCAUUAUUUCGAAGACUGGGGAGUGGUGACCUACGGAAGUGCCCUGCCUGCUGGGAGAAACCACACAUUUCUGUCCUUCAAGUCGGGCAAGCUCGGGGGACGUGCUAUUUUCGACAUGGUUCACCAAAACAAAUACAAAGACUGGAUCAAAGGGUGGAGGAACUUUAACGCGGGCCACGAGCACCCGGACCAGAACUCCUUUACCUUUGCUCCAAAUGGAGUCCCGUUUAUCACAGAGGCAUUGUACGGUCCCAAAUACACCUCUCUCAACAAUGCCGUCAUGUUCGGGCCUGCUGUGUCGGAGAGCUGCUUUGCACCAUGGGAAGGCCAAGUUACAGAGGUUUGUAACUCUAAAUGGCUGAAGUACAAGCACGGUCAAGCGGCAGACUGCCAGGGGCGGGUGGAGGCGGCUCUGGAGCGGCAGGGCAUGGUGUUUAUUCGUGGGGAGGGUCAAGGAGCUUACAACCCUGAGCUGAAGAUCAAGAGUUUUCAAAGGAACUUACUGCUGCUUCAUCCUCAGCUGCUGCUGAUGGUCGACCACAUCCAGCUGCAUUUAGGCAGCGAGACACGCAGCAUGAGCGCCUUCUUCCACAACACUGACUUUCCCUUUAAGGAAACCCAAGUCGAUGGAGUUCACGGGGCUCUGAUCAGGCACGGAAACGAAACAUCCAAGAUGUUCUGGUUAGACGAUACGGGCAGCAGUGAAAAGGCAGUAGUGGGAUACAGGAGCUACCCCCGUGGAUACCCCUACAAUGGUUCGAAUUAUGUGAAUGUGACUCUGCCACUGAGGCACCCUUUCAGCAGAGUGGCCUACAUCUUCUUCGGAUCCGGAGUGGAUGUUCAGAGUUUCAGCGUGCACGGAGACUCGGAAACACUGGACAUCUAUCUGGUCACCGGGGAUCACACCUACACCGUCUAUCUGUACACAGACGUGGUUUCCUCCAAGCCUAUGGCCAUGGUGUUGAUGGACCAAAAGAAAGUAGUGUUUGAAAGGACAGCAGGGACAAAUGAGCAGCCCUUGGAGGAGGUGGAGGAAUACGUUAAUGUUGUGGAGGACAAUCUGCAGCAUGUAAAACCAGUCUUCCAGCAGCUGGAGAGGCACGUCCUUUCACGGGUUCUCAACACGGACAGUUUCCACAAAACUGCAGAGCGCCUCCUGAAGUCCUCGGACAAGAGGAAGACUCCGGGGACUGUGGAAAAGAUGUUUUCUCUUUCUAAGAAGCAAGGGAAGGGAGGCAAGAAGGCAAGCUCUUCCAACAGCCUCCCAGACAUCUUCGCUCAGAUCGAGGCGAGGGAGAAGAAGGAGAGGCAGAGGACGAUGAAGCGCGUCUAUGAGGAGGCUCCGGAGGAGGCCGACGGCGACUCCAGGGCGUUCAUCGAUUACACUGAUUUCAGAAAGGGCAGGAAAGUGGGAUUUGUCAAGGGGCGGAAAUUCAAAGAGGUACGCUUGGGGGCUACGGCAGAGAGCGACGACCUGUUUAACGCCACCUCGUACAUUCGCCUUUUCCUGAUUUUAAACAUAGCCACUUUCUUCGUCCUGCUGGCGGUGCUGUUGACGCGCUUCCAGAGGGCGCAGAGCUUGCAUACGCAGCGUUGUCUGUACUGCGUCCUCCUCAUAGACAGCUUCAUCCUGCUCUGUCUGUACUCCUCCUGCUCUCAGGCGCAGUGCUGACUAACAUCACUGUGGGACGCUCAGAAUGACUCAUUCCAGCAAGUUUUGACACCAAUUCUACGGCAGAAUAUCCCUGUUUGCAGCAGCAGUGCGUACAAGUGCUGGCUUGCUUGAGUCGGUGCUACCUAGGUGUCUGGGAAGAGAUGUUGCGAAGCCAGCCCACCUCAGAUCAAAAGCUUUUGUGGAGCUUUGAAAGAGUUUACAUGAACUUUGUCUUGAAGUACACUCUUAAAAAUAAAGGCUUAAAAGGUUCUUAAAGCUGCAGUAGGUAACUUUUGUAAAUAUAUAUUUUUUACAUAUUUGUUAAACCUGUCAUUAUGUCCUGACAGUAGAAUAUGAGACAGAU